AGCUUCGAAAACAAAAUACACAGUCCAAAAAAGAAAGAGGUUCACAGCCAGAAAAGAUAGACCGAUGAAGCAGCAGCAGCAGCAGAAACGUGCAUAGCCAGAAAUUUUCUACUGUUACACACAUCAUCCGCAUCCAAAAGCCAGAAACUGUUUCACGAAGAAUUCUAUGCUACUACUAAAUAAUUAAAUAAUUAAUAAUUGCCAUCAAACAAAUGCAACGGACCAACGCCAUUUAAGUGAUACAACAAAAUAUAAUACAAAUAAAAGUUUAAACAACAUAAGUGCUGUGAUUUCCACUACAAAACAACAACAACAACAACCAACAACAACCAACAAGCAACCAACAACAAAUGUUAAUUUAAACUGCAACAACAAGAAAUAAAUGAAAAGAAUAUAAAAUUCGAAGCAAUCAGCAAAGCAAGCAGCAAAAACAAACAGCAAAUUGUGAUAAAGUAAAUAAUAUUAAUUAAUUAAAACGUAAAAGUGAUACAAAAAGCCGUCGGCGAAACGAGCAGAGAGAAGCGAACGAACACUCGAACGAUAUUUGAUUCGAUUUCGACUUUUCCACCGCAAAAACAAAACACACAGAAAAACCAAUGAAAAUGGAUGUUAUUACCGUGCAAAGUAUCUACGGCAGUGUUCUGGGAUCAAACAAAAAUAGAGAUUGGACCAGCACACUGACACGGCCAGUUACCGUGGAGAACGCCGCCUCUGUGGCUGUUAUGCCCAAGAAGGCCAAGACUGCCACCAGUGGCAGCAACAGCAGCAGCAACAGCAGCAGCAACAGUAUUAAGCACAAGCAGCCAGCGAGCAGCGGAAAUGCGAGCGGCAGCAAGAAGACCAAGCCCAGCGGCAGCUACAACAGCAACUUCUUCUAUGGCGACGAGGAGGAGAUCGUUAGCAACAGCAAUAAUAGCUACUAUGCCCAGGCCCUCGACACAAAGGCCAUUGAGGAGCUGUCGGAGCGUUUGCUGGACGAGCUGAGGGCGGCCAAGUCGCGCCAUUUGACCUGCACAGAGGUGUCGCUACCAUGUGAUCUCACGCCGAGCGUGGCCCGGGAAAUUUUCCGUGUUUCGGAGAAGGAACCCUGCGGCAUCCGCGGCUGCACCAUUUACAUUGAGUUCGAGGAUGAGCCCAAGAACUCACGUCGCAUUGCCUCAAUCAAAGUGGAUCCCGACACGGUGUCCACCUUUGAGGUGUACCUAACACUGCGUCAGGACCAUCGCGGCUGGACGUCGCUGCUCCCACAGUUCAUGAAGAGCUUGGCCCGCACGAUUACCAUCAGUCCGGAGUACACGAUUACCAAGAAUAAGUUGUACUCUGCCGAUGGUUUGGGUGCCAGGCGAAGCUAUAGCUUUGGCAGUCAUGCUCAUAGCCGGCCCAGUGCGGCCAUUGCCACGCCCACCAACUAGGAGGACGUAGAAGCCGCCGCCUCCUGUCCAGUCCAGAGGAUGUCUGCGGAAAACACCAACCCUGUGAUGAUCGAGAGCAGUAGUUUGUUGCAGUAGCAACAACGAAGCAAGUAUUCGAAGCCACCCCACCUACACACACACACACACACACACAAUACACACCACACACACACACACACAUUAGGGUACGCCAACCACACUCUCAUACUAAUACUAUAUAGGGGACCGCCCAGGCCCAAGAUUUUUGUAAUUGUGACUCUCACCACCAUUUUACUUAGAUGCGUAGUGCUAUAAACAAAAUAACUAGAGUUUUAAGUUGUUUCUCCUUUUUCAACAAAACGCAAAAGCAAGAAAAACAAAAAAACAAAAAACGAAACGAAAAGAUGAGGAGCGAGCGGAGUUUAAAAGAAAAAACAAAAAAACCAACAUGAAAUUCAAAGACGGCAGCCCCACGAGGAGGGGGUGUAUUCAUUCCACCCUCCCACUCGAUUUUGGGGCUCGCCGGUCGACAACUCAUGAAUAUGUGAUACUGUUUAAGAUGCUAAGAGUCCUCCGGCCGGGGCGACCAAUUCCGGCCGAGGACGUUGAUAAAAUUACACAUUACACACACCCCACACACACAAAACACACGAUAAAACAUCAGAAAAGAUUCAAUGUGAACAGAUUUUUUU